AUUAAAUUAAAUCUGAAUGAAUAUAAAAAAAGAACUGCUGGUUUAACAAAAUGUAUAUUUUGAGAAAAUAUAUGAUUUAACUGCCAGUUUCUAAUGGAAAGGAAGCGAUAUCAAUUGAAUCAAAUAAUUGGCAAUUACCAUUAUACAAUGUGCCUCUAGAUCCAAACUAGAAAAAAGCAACAUAUGGUUGUUGAUGAAACGUAUUACAGUUGCUAACCUGUUCCUAACCCAUACCUUCAUUAGGUCAGUGCACUAUGGUUUGGAACAGCCUCUUGAGGACGUAUCCUGGUCUUCGGAUAGUUAUCCGCAGGAUGGCGACUACGCGAAUGCAGGUUCCUGACAGACAGAUCGAGCCCAUCUUCAAAUCCUGCCUCAAAUACAAGAACGAUGUGUGCCUGCGGGACUCGAACGGAGACUACACCUUCCUAGGGCUGGCCAAGAGCAGCAAGAGGUUGAGCGUGGCCAUCACCCGGCUCACGGCGAUGCGGCUUCAAGAGAGGGUCGCAGUCAUCUGCUCCAACAAUGCAAACCUGGUCAUUUCCCAAUGGGCAUGUUGGAUAAGUGGCCAGAUCGCCGUUCCAUUGAACCCAAACUAUCCGGAAGCUGUUCUGGAAUAUAUUUUCAAAAACUCCAGCGUUGCGCUAGCAAUAACCACUCUUGAACACGUCGAUAAACUGAAGAAUGUGACCCAGCGCACCAAGAUUGAGCUGCUAGUGUUGGACACUGAUAUAACGAACGAAGCUAAAAUCGGCCUGCAAGUGACAGACGAAAUGAUCAAUCCGGAUGAGUUGAAUAAAGAUCUUUAUGGUCAAGACAAAGAUUUUUACAACAAGAGCGAUGCACUUCUAAUGUAUACUUCAGGAAGUAUGGGUAAACCUAAAGGCGCAUUACUCAGCUUUAAGAACAUUGAUGCUCAAAUAAACUCAGUGAUUUCUCCCUGGUUAAUUAAAUCCAAAGACUGUAUACUAAAUGCUCGCUCCCUCUAUACAACAGAAGGAAUAACUGCAGGACUCUUAGCACCAUUUUCAGUAGGAGGCAGUGUCAUCUUAGUGGAAAAAUUUAAAGCAGCUGAAAUGUGGUCGGAACUGCUAGGUAUAAAGAAGCCUUCAUUUCAAAGUUCCACCAAUAUGAACUUUUUUAUUGGAGAAUCUUGGAUGUACAGGAGGUUGAUAGAUGAAUAUGAAACAAAUUUGAAGAAAAGUGGAAAAAUGGAAGAAUACAUAAAAACUAAUUGUACCCAAAAAAUAAGACUUAUGAUAUCAAUGUGUGCACCAAUACCAAGAUCGAUCCAUGAAAAAUGGGAGGCAUACACAGGUCAUCAGCUUAUAGAAGUAUACAGCAUUACCGAAGCUGGCAUUGUUUCUACACCUACUACAGGAACUGCAAAUGUAUUUGGUACCGUAGGACUUCCAGUCCCUUCAAUUAGAAUGAAGAUUAUUGCAGAAGAUGGAGACACAGUCAUUGCUGAAGGUGACAACUCCGGGACAAAGAUAUUAGGAGUAACGAGUCCGGUUGCUGGAACCCUGUUGAUUAAAGGUGAUACUCUGGCUAGAAAAUAUUGGGGAAAGACAAUAGAUAAUUUGUGGACAAAGGAUGGAUGGUUCAGAACAGGUGACAUUGUAAGUUACAAUCGUGGAGUCUAUAACAUCCUUGGAAAAGAUAACUGUGAUAUAGUUAAAUCUAAAUCAUAUAAAGUGUCCCUCCUCCAAAUUGAAGCUGCCAUUUUGGAUAUCCCAAGUGUUCAAGAUGUGGCAGCAUUUCACUACUUACAAGAUGGAAAUUCAACGAUUGCUGCAGCAGUAAUAAUGAAAAAAGGCAAGACACUCGAUUCAAACUUUAUGAGGUCACAACUAUUAUUGAGAUUUCCUGAUUAUGCCGUUCCAACAAUAUUUGUAAAUGCAAAAAACAUUCCUCGAAACCACAAAGGAUCAUUGGUGCGGCCUGACAUAGCAUCUCUUUACUCACAAUUAGCUAAACUCAGCUUGGUCCAAUAACAUUUCAAUAUGAAAAUCUUAAUAAACAAAAAUAAUUUUUGAUUGAUAAUGAAAAGUUAUUUAAACAAACAUUUAUUAUUUCACAUGGACUAAGAAUGAUAGCCCUGAGAAUGCAAACUAAUUUUUUAUAUUCAUCACUAUUACUAAUUUUUGAAUUAGUAAUCAAAAGAAGUUCUCAUAAAAUAGAAAACUGCUAUGUUAUGAAUAAAUGAACUUCACUAACGAAAUAGUUGUGUUAUUCCAAAUACUGUGUAAAUUUUUAUUUCUAAUAAAAUUUAAUAAACUAGCA